AUGGCUAAGAGAAAUCACACUCUAUGGUUAAGAGAAAUCACUAAGAGAAAUCACACGCUAUGGCUAAGAAAAAUCACUCUAUGGCUAAGAGAAAUCUCACUGUAUGAUAUAGCCCCAAAAGAAAUCCAGGCUCGAGGUCAGAAUGCUAUGCAAGCUUACCAUACAGCAUGUACAUCUGGUACUCAGCCUGUCUAUAGAUCACGCUUGAUGUUAGUUGGUAAAGAUCGUGUGGGUAAAACAAGUCUAAAAAGAGCUCUUACAGGAUUGAGUCAUAAUAAAGAAGAAAAGUCAACAAAUGGUAUUGACCUCUCAUCAUCCUGUUCCUUUAAUUUAAAUAAUCGUUCAUCAUGGAAACUAGCAUUAAAAGGAGAUAAUCUCAAUGAUACUGAUUCUCAACAAACUUCAGAAAGUUUAGGAAGUAAGGCUUGGUUAGAAGAAGAAUAUAAUCAAGCUUUAGCCAAUAAUAUUGUACAAGAGAUACUUUCUUCAAAGUAUCAGACUGGUACUACAACUGUAAAAUCAACCAAGAGUCCUGUUAGAUCUCCAAAGCAUAGAAAUAGAAACAGCCCUACACGGAGAAAAUCAACUCAGUCAUUACAUCGUCAAUCUCUUACGAAAACAGAUUUCAAACAAGUGCCCCCUGAUUUGAUCAGCAAUGUUCCUGAUCAUAUUACUCAAUUAGUCCAAAAAUUACUGGACAAUCAUUCUACUGGUCUAAUUUCAUCACCCAGACAUCCAACAACUAAUAGAUUGAAUAAUACUGUUGUUUUAAAUAUUUGGGAUUUUGCUGGACAGGCUGUAUAUUAUACAACACAUCAGGUGUUUUUAACAUCAAGAGCUGUUUAUGUUAUAGUGUUUAAUUUGUGUGAUGAUUUGACUGGAAAGGAAAAGGAAUCUCAAGAGAAGGUUGAAGAAAGUGAAGAUCUAUCUACACUAGAGUAUAUGGAUUUUUGGAUGCGUUCUAUACAUGCCCAUGCUGCUGAGAAUACUGUAGACAGUGUUGAUAAUAUGAAGUUAUCUCCCCCUAUAUUUAUAGUUGGUACACAUCGUGAUAGUCUAGAUCCUGAUUAUGACACACAGAAAUUACUGAUAGAAGAGAAGUUUAAUACAAUAAAAGAGUUCAUAAUUGGAAAACCUUACACACAGCAUAUUGUUACACCUUUCUUUGCUGUAGAAAAUGAUUUAAAUUCUACAGAAGAAGAUGAUGACAUUGAUUAUUUACGAAGUGAAAUAGAGAAGAUUGCCGGUAGAGAAUAUUAUAUGGGAGAACAAAUGCCUAUAAAAUGGUUAAAAUUUGAACAAGAAAUAACAAGACUUGCUGAUGAAGGGACAUAUUAUGCUACAUAUGAUCAGGUGUGUGAAAUAGGUAAUAAUAAUGGUAUCACAGAUGAAUCAGAAUUAAAAACAGUAUUAGAAUUCUACCACGAUUUAGGUGUUAUAGUAUAUUAUGGUUCAUCCAGCUUAGCUGAUAAUUUAUUACGUAAUACUGUUAUUUUGAAACCACAAUGGUUAAUUGAUAUGUUUCGUAGGUUUAUUCUAAAUAAAUCUUCUCAUGACCAGUGGAAUCUUUUGGAAGAUAAGUGGAAGAGAUUGGAAAAUGUAUGUAUUAUUGAAGAACCAUUAAUAGAUCAACUAUGGCAUGAUGCCUUAUCACAGAAAUAUAUGUUACUAGGUCUUAUGGAGAAAUUUGAUUUAAUUUGUGUUAGAAUUCCACCACAAGGACAGUCUCAUCGUGAAGAAUACAGAACAUAUUAUGUACCAAUGAGAUUACGCAGUUCUAAACAAACAGAACAAUGUUUAUAUUCUAAGAAUAUACAUAAUGUUACUUUUUAUCUUGAUUUUAAUGGUUUUUUACCUGAUGGAUUAUUUUAUCGUAUAUUAACAAGAGCUACUAGAUGGAGUCAAGAUAAUGGUGGACGAGACCCAUAUUUAUUUAAACAUUCUGCCAGAUUUUAUGUUGACUCUGAACAUGAUUUUGUAUUAGAAAUGUCACCUAAAGAACAUAAUAUUAAGGUUAUUGUUAUUAGAGAAGUUGAUUUAUCCAAUGAAUUAACCACUACUACCCUUUCAAUGCCAUCAGUCUGUGCUAAGGUUCGAAACUUUCUGGAAUCAACCCUGUGUGAUUUACGUGCUAUGUGGAUGAAAAGAAUCGCCUACAAAACUUGUGUUGUUUGUCCAUGUGAGAAGAAAUGUCUGAUACAUGAUCAGUUAUAUUGUCCUCAUCAUACCUGCCAACAUUUCCUAGAUUUAGAUGAAUGUCUCACCAAUAAGAUUGUUUGUUGUGAUCAUCGAAGAAUAAAAACUGAACAAUAUCAAAAAUGGUUUCCAUCAUCAACUCACAGUGAAUUUAAAGCUCCUAUAUUAUCUGUUAAAUCAUUGGAAGAUGUUGGAACCAAUAUUGAAAGAAAUGCUCCUGAUUUGCCUAAAUGGUUAAAAGGUGCUGCUAAAUUACUGAAUGGAGGUGCUGAAAAUCAAGACUGGAUGGCGUUAUCCAGAACUAUGGGUUAUAAAUCAUUAAAGAUUGACAAGUUUAAUGAUGAUUUGAAUCCAGCCUUAGCUUUACUCAGUGAUUGGAUAGUGACUAGUGGUAAUACAGCCCUAUCAAUUGAUAUGUUAUUAUUAUAUUUACAUCAAUUACAACGAUUUGACAUUGUCGAAGUUAUUAAUAGUGCUAAAGAUAUUAAAGAAAGUUGUGAAGUAUUUUUGAGUUAUCAAUGGGAUAAUCAAGAUGAGGUUCAGAAGUUAAGAGAUUAUUUAGAAAGAUCAGGGUAUUCAUGUUGGAUGGAUAUUGGACAAAUGGGUGGUGGCGAUUUUCUAAAUGCUAAAAUUGAUGAAGGCAUUAGAAAUGCCAAGGUGGUUAUAGCAUGUUUAACUCCAAAGUAUAUAGUAUCACAUCUUUGUAACAGAGAACUGAGUUUAGCUGAUGUUUUACAGAAGCCUAUUAUUCCAGUAUUAUUUGAUCCUGUUAUCUGGCCACCUCCAGGAGGACUGGCUGUUAUUCUCUCACAACUUGUUUAUAUUGAUUUAAAAGGUGUUGGUGGUCAUGGUGGAACUGGUAUCCAUGGUGAUAUAGAUGAUAAAUACAGGGAGAUAAUUCAGCAUGUUUCACUUUAUGCUUCACCUACAAUUAAAACACCAUUUAAAGAAUCUCUGGUAGUAAGUGAUGAAACUGUGAUUGAAAAACAUGAUGAGAGUCAAUCAUUAUCCCAUAGUUCUAGUUUAAGUUCAUUCUCUGAUCAUGAUGUGUUACACAGUACAUUUUCUGAUGUUGGUGUUUCUCGACCGCAGUUGACAGUGACUCCAAAUCGUGUCAGGAGUCAACGUUCAUCAGUAGUACCAACUGCCAGUACUGCACAAGUGACAAAGUGUGCUGUGUGUGUUCUGCUUUAA